AAAAAAACCCAAACAAAUCAAUAAAAAAAAAAACAAAACCAAAAUACAGAUGUAUCUGUCGGUUGUAAUACCAAUAGAUUAUGGUAGUGUCCUGAAAGUUGGCCUAGGAAAAUUUUUUUUCCCUUAGUCCUUGAAUUUUUGUGAUAGAAUGUCUGAUAGUAGUUACAUGAGUUUAGAGGUUUUGAACAAUUACGUCUUUAAGAAUGGAAGAUUUUUAAAUAUGCAGUCAUAUAUAGUAUGUAUAUUUUGGAAUUUUGUUUUACUCGCGAGUUUAGCUGUUAAAUCAAAAUGCAAAUUUUAAUUCAGUUGUUCUUCAGUUGCUACUGAUGCUGCUGUUUGACACUAAACUGGUCCUUGUAGUUACCUUGCAAGUACCCCUUGACACUGUUCAACCCUGCACUAAGCUGUCAGCAUUGUGCAAAAAAGUCAUGUAUGUGUCCAGUGGGUAAAGCAUAUCCUUCUUAUUUGUCUUUCAGGCACAGGAGAGAGUGGCAAAAGCACAUUUAUCAAGCAGAUGAGAAUCAUUCAUGGAUCAGGUUACUCUGAUGAAGACAAAAAGGGCUUUACAAAACUGGUGUACCAGAAUAUAUUUACAGCAAUGCAGGCCAUGAUCAAGGCCAUGGAUACCCUCAAAAUCCCAUACAAGUGUGAAAAUAACAAGGUUCAUGCACUAUUAGUUCGAGAAGUCGAUGUAGAGAAGGUGUCAAGUUUUGAGAACCCGUAUGUAGAUGCAAUAAGAAGUUUAUGGAAUGACCCUGGAAUUCAGGAGUGUUACGAUAGACGACGGGAAUAUCAGUUAUCAGAUUCAACUAAAUACUAUCUUAAUGACUUGGACCGCAUAGCAGAUUCCACCUAUCUGCCAACUCAACAGGAUGUACUCAGAGUUCGAGUCCCAACAACAGGGAUCAUUGAAUAUCCAUUCGACUUACAAAGCGUCAUUUUCAGAAUGGUGGAUGUAGGAGGUCAGCGAUCAGAAAGAAGAAAAUGGAUACAUUGCUUUGAAAACGUCACAUCUAUCAUGUUCCUAGUAGCUCUUAGUGAAUAUGAUCAAGUGCUUGUGGAGUCAGAUAAUGAGAAUCGAAUGGAAGAAAGCAAAGCACUCUUUAGGACAAUUAUCACAUAUCCAUGGUUCCAGAAUUCUUCAGUUAUUCUGUUCUUAAAUAAAAAAGAUCUAUUAGAGGAGAAAAUUAUGUACUCCCAUCUAGUUGAUUAUUUUCCAGAGUAUGAUGGACCACAGCGGGAUGCACAGGCGGCACGAGAGUUCAUCCUGAAGAUGUUCGUAGACCUGAAUCCAGAUAGUGACAAAAUUAUCUACUCUCACUUCACAUGUGCUACAGACACAGAGAAUAUCCGCUUCGUCUUCGCUGCUGUCAAGGACACAAUCCUACAGUUAAACCUGAAGGAGUACAACCUGGUUUAACUGUGCCUGGGGGGUCCUCCAAAACCAGCUUUCCAUGAUUGAAGAUACGCAAGAGGGACUGUAUUAUAAUCUGUGAAAACAAUUUGCAUAAUACUAAUUUAUUGCUGGCCUGGACUCUGUGAAUGUCCACAGAGUUUGUAGUUAAUAUUAUGAUUUUAUUUAAACUAUAUGGAGGAAAAACAAAAGAUGCUGAAGUACAUUCACAGCACAUUUCCUCAUUUUUUUAGGCAAAACCUUGUGACUCAAUGUGUUUCAAAUUCUCGGUCAUACAUUUACAAAGGAUAGCAGGUUUUUGCUACUGAAGCAAAAUCAAGCUGGUUUCCUCUUUUCCUAACCCUUUCUCACCCCCUCCUUUCCUUCCCCCCUUAUGUUUUACAGGGUACAAUGGCCUUUUUUUUCCCAGUUGCAUUCCUGGGUGAAAUAUUUUCUGUUGGGUGAUUUGGUCAGGAAAAUAGUAUCAUCACAAUUUAAGUCAUCAGUCAUUGUAAUUUUACAGUAUGUACUUUCUCUGAAGGAUCAAAAAGUAUUGAUACUGUGAUUUUUAAAUUCUUUGCAUGGGUGUCUUCAUUCUGUCUUCACUUUGAGACUAGAAGAUUGGGAUUACAAAGUAGAAUUACAGUUGUCUAAGGAUAUUAAAUUUAUCCGUAAUUUUACAGUUCAGAAAGGUGCACAGAAGACAAUACUGAAGUAAUUAAGACGCAGUUUUGGAUGUACAUGGAAUAUGUUAGAAUCUCUUUUUAGUUGCCAUGUGCCAUUUUUUCUCUCUCCUUUUAUUUACAGAUGCCAAAUAGAAAAGUGAGACACUACAGUUUCCCCAGUGGCUACAGCCUGAAACAGUGUUGUUUUUCUCAGUUUUGUGGUGUGUUUUUCUUAAGUUAGAGCUUUUUUAAGUGUUCUUUUUCCACAGUAGAAAAAUUAUUUUUAUUGUACAAAAUUCACGUUGCCAAAUCUGGCUUUUUAUAAAACCAGUGCUCUUGAAACAAGAUACUGAUUGAAAUGCCAAACAGAGGGGUUGGGAACUGACCUGAUUGAGUCAACUGCCAAAUGAUUAACACAUGCAGUUUUAGCUCAUGCGUUCCCUUUUUUAGAAGGUGUUCCAUUUUCUAAUGCCAAAACCAACAAUGUAAGUGAAUAUGCUAUGAAUAUGACAUGCAUGUGGUCUACUGAUUUAAAAACAGUUUAGAUCUCCCCCUUUGUCAGUUAAGACAUGAGGUUGUUUUCCAUAAUAAUUUCAAGGCACCUUUAGUUGUAUAACACAAAAGUAUUAAUGAGAGAUCAUAUUCAGGAACCUUUCUUGAUAAGGUUGCUUGUUAACUAAUUCACAGGCAUUUGAUAAGCUUUCAUGCAAAAUAGCCUCUCUCAACGUUCUUUAGAAGAGAUCUGUAAAUGUAAAUGAAGCAGUGAGAAAAUCAUUCUUUAAAUUUAAACGUGCGAUUUUUUAACAACAAAAAUGCAGCACACGUAGAUGAGCCUUUAUUCUGCAGGUUGAAAGGUGUUUUUUGACCAGGUGCAUGAUUGCUAGCAAGCUCUAGGAAACUCGGAGUUCAGACUCAUAAUUGGAUUUAUUGUCUGCAAUGCUAAGUAGCACUAGAGUGCACUUAACACAGAAAUUGCAGCCACAUAGCAGCAGAUGGGAGGUGGAAAAAAAGAAUGGCUUAUUAGUUGAUUACCAAAGUUAACAAUAAAUACUAAUGAGACGGUUUUCAUCCUUAACCCUCUCAAUUCCAAAACAACAAUAACAAGAACAGUUGCUAUUUUUUGCUCCCUCUUAAAACACCGUGUAAUUUAAAACUGGUUGUAGGUAUAGUGCAAUUAUGAAUGCUAUAAUCACUGUACAUACAUAUAUAUAUAUAUAUAUGGCAGCAUCCAUAUUGGCUUUGUAAUCAUUAAUUUUUGGCAAAUUGAAUGUGCUGUAUUGAUAUGUAUCUAUGUAAUUGUAUUGUAUGUCUUAUAGCUAAUUCACAUUUUAAAUAAUGUUAUUUUAUUUACUUUUUUAAGAGAGAAGAAUGUAAAUUUUGUCAGUUUAUUUCUGACUAGGGAUUUGUUGUUUUUAUUUACAAAACAAAAUACUAUAGUACAGGGCGGUACUAGCAUUGUGCUGUAUAAAAUCAUUUCCACAUUCCUGAGAAGGAGUAAAUUGGAGACACCCAGACGGAGGUCACUCACAUUCAAAACAAUGUCAGGGCUUUAUACAGCUGUAGAAAACAAACUUAUUAGAGAACUUAGGCCAUUAUAUCUCUAAUUGGAACAUAAGCUUUAAAUAUAAAUUAAAUUUUUAUUUAUCAGAUUCACAUUAGGUUACUUCUACUUUUCUGGUAGGAUUUAUUGGAAAAGUAAGUUUAUAGAUAUUUCAAACCAUUGUAUAUAAGUACUAAUGUGUGUAUGCUGUUGCCCUAAAAAUACCAUGAUAAAAUAUAAAACAUCAGAUCAAUUAAUUAGUCUUUCAGAAACUGCAGAAACUUUAUGAAUAACAACAACAACCAAAAAGUCACUAUAAUAAACAAUUUUAAGGAGUUAAAAGCAUUUUAUUUAAAAGUAACACUGACAUUCUGAAUAGGGGAUCAGAACAGUGACUCUUUCUUAUGUACAGUUUAAGAAAAUUGGUCUUGAUCUUGCUAUAAAUUCAACAGAGCUUCUGUUUUCACAGUUCCGCUGUUGAUAAUAUCCCUUCUUUCAACCUGGGAAUACAUUGCCCACGCUGGAUUCAGUGCUAUAAAUGGAACUGUAGCAAAAAAAAAAAGAAAAAAAAAAGAAAAAAAAAGGGGGGGGAGGUAAAAACCCCAAACAAACAAAAAGCCACACCAGACAGUGGUGUCUAACAAAAGUUUGGGCAUUUUUAAUUUUUUUUUUUUUCUUAUAGGAUAUUGGGUGGGGGAACAGGAAAUGUGGUUCGGAGUUUUGUAUAAAAACCAAACAAAAGUUUACUCACGCUUUCUAGUUACAUUGUGAUUGCAAAAGUUUUCAAGAGUGUGUGCCACUGGGCUAUUUUCUGGUAUUUUUUAGGUGAGUUGAACCUGUGGCAGUGUUUAGAUCAUUUGAGCAUGUUCUGGAAAAAAAGAUAUUCAGCAUGCCAAGGCAAGCUUUACAUGAAUCACCUAACACAGCAUUGCAGUGUGACAGUUUACAAAAACAUUUUCUUUUUAAAUGACACAGCUGUUCCCACUUGUAGUAUAUUCCAUUGUGGUGGUGGUGGUGCUGUUGUUUUAAUUGAUGGUUUCUACUAUGCCUUAUAGUGCUUAAGUCCAGAAGUUUGUGCCUCUAACAUGAAGCUGAAGGCAAAAACAUCAAGACAGAAACCCUUUUAACUUUGCCAAAAUGAUGUGUUUUCUUUGAAUGGUAUAAAUGGGGGAGGAGGGAAAGAAAACAUCUUGGGAACUUGUGUAUUCUAGAUGUUCACUAGCACAAGAAAGCUGUAAUACAUGUUUUACAGAAACCUUGAACUUGCCUUUUUCACUAAUUAACUGACACUGUCCUUACAGAUGUAGGAUGAUGCAGCUAUAAGGGCAGUUUACUUUUUAUAAUUCAGUCUCUUUUGAUUGUCAAGGUGUAUGGACUGUAAUUUUUAAUCAUACUGCCACAUGAUUGUGAAUCCCUUUUUAAAGUUUGAAAGUGGAGAAGAGACUUUUAAUGCUGGAAAACAGUCAGAAUUGACUGCAUGAUCUGCAAAAACUCUAUAUGGGAGAAAAGGGCUGCAUAUAAAGAUACUGCUAGACUCCCAUAAGGUGGGAAGAAGACUUUCAGAUUACUCAACCUCAUGACCCUUUCCUUGUUAAACAUUCUUCACGAAAGAAUAAAAUAUUAGGAGAAGACAUGGACAUGUUAACCCACAUGAAAAAAAAUAAAUUUAGACAAUAAUUUAUUAUUAUGUGCUGCUAUUUUUGGAGCUCUGUGCGUGGUUUUCCUGCAGACUAUUACAUUAGUGAACUAAUGAAGUGUUCACAGCAUAUUAACAAGGCCUACACAUGACCUACCUCUAGUUAAGUGAUCAGUAAAAUAAAUAUGUUUUGGAGAGACCGACAUAAGUUAGGAAAUUUAAAUGUCCUAGUAUAAGUGAUUAACCAUGAUAUUUUAGAAAUUGAGAUUUUGCAAAGGCGAUCCAGUCCCUCUUUUGAUAUAAACCAUAAAUUCUAAAAUUUAACAGGCUUUAAACAACUAAAGUCAUCUGACUCUGUCCGGUUUGUUAGUUUAGUAGAGAUCUUGCAAAGCAACACAUUUAGUUUGAGAAGUGGAGCUGCUGAUACUUCCUCUGUUUUGACUUCUGAUUACCCAUAACGUUUUGAGUUCUGUCAAUCAACCAAGAAACUUUCCUAUGUAGUCAAUGCAAUGAGGUCAAGAUUUAGCUGGUUAAAGGGAUUUUGCCAUGUGUUUCACUUGAGCUUUUUCACAGUAGCCAUACUGCAGGGAAAAAAGAGAGAUUUUGAAAAUAUUGUCAAAAAUAUAAAGCCAGCCAUAUCAAGGUAAAUGUAAAUCUGUUGAUUCGGGGGUUUUUUCUCUCAAAAUACAGUUUAAGUCUGUUGCUGGAUUUCUCAUUCACCAUGCUGCAGGAAAUCCUUAUUUGUCCAGUUUUAAUUUUUUUUUUUAGGGAGGAGUGUCAGAUGCAUUUUAAAACUUUGAGUAUUUAAAAAUAAAUAUCAUAUUUGCUGUUCUUAAAGUGUCAUUUAAAUGCAUGUAUUGUGUGUCGCUUGAGGGACAGAAAUAGUUUUUUUGAAAAACUAAUACCGUACAGUUACUGCCCCUCAAAAAUGUUGCUGGUUAAAAAUACAGUAUUUUUGGCCAAUACCUUCGUACUAUAGUAUCUUCAUUCCUGAAAUUUAGUUUUUCUGAAAUACUGUUUGGGCUUUUUGUUCUCCCAAAGUGCUUCUUGUUAUAGUAAAUGGUGGAUAGAUGUGUUACUCCACAAUUAAUUUUUAAUUAUGUGUGCUCCAUCAUCAUUGUCUAAAUAUUUAAAUUUCCAGAAUAUCUUUGUUACAGCCAGACAUUCAAAACCUUUAAGGUUUGUUACAGUGGAGAUGGUAAUUUGACAGUAUUAUUAAAGGUUUGGAGUUUUUUUGGCUUGUGUACAAUGGAAACUCAGAAAUGGGGGGUGAGAAGAAAUAAACCCCAUACCUUACUACUAGAAAAUUCAGACUGUGUAGACAGGUGAAUUUCUUAAAGAUUUUGGAUGAUUGCAGUAGUACUGCAAGAGCAAGAUGUUCCUUAGGUCAUCUUGUUCACCUGUGCCGUGGCAGGAAUAAGGGAAAGAUGCCUAUGAGCUACUUCUCAGGAGUUUGGCUCAUACUUUGUCAACAAUCAGUGGAUCUCCUGUCUUCAUUACUGAAGAAAUAGAAGUUCAGGCCAGUUGCAAAAAUUAGUUUGUUUUCUAUUACAUGAUCACAAUGGUUUAAGUAAGAUUCCCAGAGUGCAAACAGUUUACCUAAGCAAGGACUUGAGUGAAUGAUUCCUCAUUUUAAUUUCCAGUUACAGAAUGUAAGGGAGAGGAAUCAGUAGGGAAGGAUUUAUUUUAUCUUUAUGUCUCAGUGACGAUAAUGCCAACAAAAUACAGUGUCAGUGGUGACUGUUGGAUAUGUGAAAUAAAAGUAGAAACUAUCUGUGUGAUAAAUUGUGCAUAGUUGUGAUUAAAACCUGCCAUCAGAUCAUUACAAUCAUCUCACCAGAUUGCUGAGCACUUGUAGGAUACUGUUCCAAACUCCUAGGAGUUCGAGAGUAUUUGUAGACUACCACAAAAUACACAGUUGCCGGCUCCUCAGUAGCACGUGUGGUAUCAGUAUCUGACAUCAAGGCACCUGCCCCACUCAUAGCUCAUUGCUACAAAAAAGAGCUACCCUCUGAGGCCUCUGUUCCCAGUUUUCAACUGCUGGGAAUUUUUCCUCUCCCUUAUUUCAGCCUUCCUGCUUGGCCAAUGAGCUGAGUGAAAAAAAAAAAAAAACCAAACCCUCUUCUUGUUUGAUUGCUUUACUAAUCUAAUUUUCAGGGGUGUCAGCUGAUUUGGCUGACUAAUAUUUCCAAUAAGUGCUAAGCUGACUAAGUGGAAGAGGUAGAAUUGUGUGGCCAAAAGGCUUAGAAAUGAAGAAAAAAAGGAGUAACACUCUUUCCCUUUUUAAACCUAGUCCUGUAGUAUCUAAAACCUUCAUUUUAUGCAGUCUGGGGGCUGUUAGCUAUUCUGGCUUGGAAGGGUUGCACUUUUCACUUUGAAAGGUCUUGACUGCAUUUUUAUCUGGGAAGAAAAUGAAAUUGUAGAAAAAGGAGAACUCUUUCCUACUCCACUUUAAAGUUUCACACCAGUUUCUAUGUAUAUGAAGUAAAUGCAACUGUAGUCAGACUGAUGCCAACAAGUCACCCUUAGUGUUAAGGAUGGAGAAAUACAAGAAUUGGGCUUUCAUUCAUCUCACAGGGUGAAAAAAAAAAAGGAAGAAAAAAUAGUUCAUUUCCAGUAAGAUCUUUAAAAAAUGGAAGUUUUCUAUCUUAUUUAAAAUGCUGUGCUGCUGUGCAUGACAUUCAAGGUUUGCUGUGUCCUUGUCCAAUGCACUCCUUCCUUCUCCAUUCACACUCGUCUAUCACACUGAUUAAUUGCUUCCUGCCAUCAAAAGAAAAUACUUCUACAGUAUUGCUUUAUGUAUGUACACUCUGGAAUACUUUCUGAUCCUUGUGAGUUAAAUGUAAAUUGAUCUGAUAGAAUUCAACAAAUGAGGAUGUGUAAUACAGCUGAAGAGGAACACAAUUUCUGCUUAAUCUUGUUUAAUGUUCCUUCUGCCUUUUUGUUUUGAUUAUUUUUCUGUAUCUUUCUUUUAUCCUGCUUGCCAUAAAGAGAAGGUUACUUGACCUACCAGAUUCAGUUCUGGUAGUCAUUACAGAAUUGAUUAUACUGGCUGCAUUAAAGACAAAUUGUGAGUAAGAACAGCUUCAGAAGGUUCCUGUAAUCAGGGGCAGAUCCAAUUAGCCUUUUGGACAGGCAUUUAAGAAAACAAAACUGUAACACUAUAGUCGGAAUGCAGUCAGCUGAAGGAUGUAGUAGGCAAAUGUGAGCCUAAUUAAGCCAUUUCAGUAUGUCAUUUCGCAUUGUCAAUAGAGAACUGUUUGCCAGGAUGUUACGGAAAGUUUGGUUUUUUUCCUACAGUCCUAUAUGGGGUGGUUAAUGCAACGAUUAGGCUGGCACUCAACUGAAGAGAUGCUUUAAUUCGACUGUAAGUUCAAAUGUAUUCUUGCGGAGAUUAUUGCAUAAGAUUACUUUAUAUGAUGCUAAAAACAACGAGAAGAUUACUUGCAUGCAGUAAAUAUUUAAGAUAUUGCACUUUUAUACAUUUAUUAUAAAGAAGAAUCACUCCCUAGAAAUAAAAUUCCAUUUAUCUCACAAUGAAGUAUCUGGAGUCUCUUAACAGCUGGCAGUUAUUGUGCACUCAAGUGUGAUUAUUGUAUACUAGAGAUUAGUUCAUUUGUUACCAUAUACUGCAAAAUACUUGGUUUAUUAUAAAUGCUGAUUUUGGAAAGGCGGAAUAAUGUUUUUGUGACUGUCUUGAUGUCUACUUUUCUCAGCAUGUCUUAGGAGAACCUGAUUUAUUUUAGUUGGAGAAACUGACUGAUGUAAUAUCCGCUGUCAGGGUUUUUCUUCAAGUGCUUUAGAACAUCACCUAUCUCACUUUACCAAAGUUAAGCAACCUGGUUGUAAUUGAGGCAGAAGAUAUAAACAUGGUCAAAUUUGAUACUUCCCUUGCAUAACAAUCUUUUAACACAUUAAUCAGUAAUAUGAUUAUAAUUUAGUUGAUGGAGCUAUUUGUCUUAAAUUGCAACAGGCUGUGUUGGUACUAAGAAGACAUCAGUUUUCUUUUGCAGGAUGUUGGAAGUGUUCAAAUAAUGUUAUAAAUAAUAUCUGUAAAAACAGCUUAAUGGAUAUUUAAUAUGGUCUAGAAGUUGUUUGAAUCUCUUGUAAGAAAUUAUAGAAAUGGUGCUGCAAGUGGAAGACUUCUGUGGUUAUGGAUUAAACAGUUCUCUUUUGAUAUA